UCUGCUGAUUCGGAGGAAUCACGCGGAAGUAGUAAAUUAGACGCAUCAAGUAGUGCAAAUCACCAACCAAAACAGUGACAUUUUGGAAAACUAAUGAAAGUAAAGUUUAUUUUAUUUUAAACAAGAGGACAUGUGCCAGUUCCAUUCCGAUAGUUAGGUUAUUCCGUAGAGGUAGCCUAUUAUCGCUGAAUUGUCAUCAUCAGAUAGAGUUAUGGCAUGUAGCGACUCUAUGGUGUCAAUGAAUGGAACUCAAGUUUCCUAUAUUGGACAUGACUGUGAGGACAUCCCAGAGUACCUUGGAGAAAGAUAUGGACUCUUGACAAGACGGCUAGAUCUCAGCUUCAAUCAGCUAAGGUCACUGGCGGGCCUCAAAGCGUUCACUGGGCUGGAAGAACUGGUCGUCGACAACAAUCUGCUCGGAAACGACCUCCAGUUGCCCAGGUUACCCACCCUCCACACCCUAACACUCAAUAAGAACCAACUGACUGACAUUGAGGAGCUGCUGGAGCACUUGGCGAAGGCGACACCGUCGCUGCAGUACCUCAGCCUGCUGGGAAACGAGGCCUGUCCCAACCAGCUGGUCAGCCUGGACAAGGAUGAGGACGACUACCAGAGAUACAGGUAUUUUGUUCUGCACAAGCUACCCUCCCUAAAGUUCCUAGACACUAGGAAGGUUUGUAAGAUUGAACAGCAGGAGGCUGAGGCACGGGGAGCCUUCAUGAAGGUGGUUAAACCCAAGUUAUCAGACACGGUGGCCCCAGGUGACCCCAGGUCUGAGUGUUCCUUUAUGCCCUACACCCCUCUACCCAGAGGCUCUAGAGACGGCAAGAACCACAAAGGUGUGUUCGCCAAGUGCCAUUACGUCUACUAUGGAAAGCAUUCGGAAGGCAACCGAUUCAUCCGCAAUGACCAACUCUGAUGGACCGUCAGAGAGACGCAAACACACGCACACAAGCUUCAUUAUACAAGUCGUUAAAUAAACAUUCAAACAUCUUCAUUAAAAUGUCUCUUCCAUAACCUGUCACUCUCAGACCCCAGUCCUGGGGCCGUAUCUAUCAAGCUUCUCAGAGUAGGAUUGCUGAUCUAGAAUCAGUUUUCGAUCAUGAAUGAGAUUAUAUGGACAGGGGGGACCUGAUCCUAGGUCAGCAUCCUUCUCUACGCUUUAUGAAUACGGGCCUUGUAGCGUAGUGGCCUGGUCUCCUCCUCCUCCGCUGAGCUGUGGCUGGCUCUCCUGUCAGCUCCACUCUCCUGCCCCAGAGUGAACAUUGACACUCACGUUGACAUAAUUGCAUUCAAGCAGCAGUGCUCCACAUAAACACAACCAUAUACAAAAAUGCAUGCAUGCACGCACACGCACCCACAGAACUGUUCACGCAAGUGCAAGCACUCUCUCUUUCACACCCACCCGCCCACCCAAACAACACACACACACACACACCCCGUGGCCACAGUGAUGGACAGCUCCAGCCAAGCGGCUGAUUUGACAGCCACAGCAGCCAUGAUGGAUCACCCGUCCCCUACCGCCACUCAUCAGGGGUCAGAGGUCAAACCUGAUGCCUCACUGGGCCUGUGUGAGUGUGCAUGUGUGAGGGGGACUGGGGCGUAAUGAUGUAUAUUUCAAAAUGUAAGUAUACAGUAAAUUUCACUUUUAGAGUGUCAGUUAGGAGAAAGAGAUACAACAUAAAACAAAUAAAGUUUUUAAAACCUUUACAAUUCCCACCCCUAUGUUCACCUAUAGAUAAAUGAUAUAAGAUAGGUAGAUGUUUACACCUGGCACAUCUCCAUGUUCUCGAAAUUGGGGCUUGAGAAUGUUAACAGAGGGGAUUGGAGAGAGGGUGGGGGCAAUGCCAGACAGGAGAGGGGGAGGAUGAGGGCUAAAUUAAAGUAUAGGAAAGUUAGGAUAACUUUUCUCAAGGAGUCCAAUCUUGUGGUUCUGAAGCUGUAUUUGAAUGGAUACAGGGCUUGCCUGCAAGAGUAACAACACUUCACAACUUUUCACUUACCAUAUGUGUUUAGAGUUAUGCUGUUGGCAGAUAUAUUUUACUAUGGUCUGUUUUUAAUGGAAAUGAAUCCGUUUAGUAUUCAAUUAUUGCAUGAUAAUGUAUAAUUUGAAGAGAUGUUAUAUUUUCAAAUGCACAAUGGAAAGACAAUCCAACAUUCCAAAACAAAAUAAAUAAAGAACACAUUAGAGACCAAAGAAACAUUCAACCUCUAUAACACUGUCAAAUAGUUUCACUAUAAAUUAGGUUUGCAAAGUUCUGGUACCAAAAUGUCCAGGUUCUCCAGAAAUCCUAGUUGGAGGGUUCCUGCUCAUUCCCUCCUGUUUGCGUUGAUCUUCCAACCGGGAUUUAUUGACAUUUUGGGGAUGGUUACAAGAAUUUUGCACCUCUGAAUGUUCUAUUGAAACUGAGAUUAAUAAAUUCAUUUUAAUAUCAUCAAUAUCAUUAGUAUGGAAUUAAUAAAUGGUUAGUUUAUUGUGAUUUAUGAAUAUUACCUCAAUGGGGUUAUGAAGGAUUCAGAAGGCAUGCUUUUAACAUAUUAUAGUAUCAUAGUUAGGAACUAUAUUCCCACAUCUAUAAAAUGUAUGGUCAUUUUUCCUGAAUAUAAACUUCUAACAUUUGUGAAUCAUGUAUACUGAACAAAAAUAUUAACGCAACAUGCAACAAUUUUAACGAUUUUACCGAGUUACAGUUCAUAUAAUGAAAUCAGUAAAUUCAAAUAAAUUCAUUUUGGCCCUAAUCUAUGGAUUUCACAUGACUGGGCAGGGACGCAUCCUUGGGUGGGAAUAGGUACACCCACUUGGGAGCCAGGCCCAGCCAAUCAGAAUGAGUUUUUCCCCACAAACGGGCUUUAUUACAGACAGAAAUACUCAGUUUCAUCAGCUGUCCAGGUGGCUGUCCAGGUGGCUGGUCCCGCAGGUGAAGAAGCCGGAUGUGGAGGUCCUGAGCUGGCGUAGUUAGAUGUGGUCUGCGGUUGUGAGGCUUGUUGGACGUACCGCCAAAUUCUCUAAAAUGACGGAAGCGGCUUAUGGUAGAGGAAUGAACAUUAAAUUCUCUGGCAACAGCUCUGGUGGACAUUUCUGCAGUCAGCAUGCCAAUUGCACGCUCUCUCAAAACUUGAGACAUAUGUGGCAUUGUGUUGUGUGACAAAACAGCACAUUUAGAGUGGCCUUUUAUUGUCCCCACCACAAUGUACACCUGUGUAAUGAUCAUGCUGUUUAAUCAGCUUCUUGAUAUGCCACACCUGUCAGGUGGAUGGAUUAUCUUGGCGAAGGAGAAAUGCUCACUAACAGGGAUGUAAACAAAUUUGUGCACAACAUUUGAGAGAAAUAAACUUUUUGUGCAUCUGGAACAUUUCUGCAAUCUUUUAAUUCAGCUCAUGAAACAUGGAACCAACACUUUACAUGUGGCAUUUAUAUUUUUGUUCAGUAUAUAAUAUGUCCUAUUAAAUAUACUCACUAGCUAUGUUACCAUUAACUUGUCCAGUGAUUUUUUUGUAGUUGUUGACGUUUACAAAGUUUGCGUAGAAAAUAGAUUUGACAAUUGCCUGCUACAGUGCAUUUCUAUUUAACAAACAGCUGGACGUAAUGACCUCACACCUAAAACAAAUUACAGCGUCGUAGGCUUGGGCGGUAUGCCGUAUAUACCGUAUACUGGGGGUUUUGGAAAUAGCCACAGAUGGUUUUUCAAUAGUGUUGAAACGAUUUCUUCUUCAACAUUUUUUAAAAAUGUGAAUAUUUGUUGCUACUUUUUAAGUAAAUACCUGCAGUCAACUUGUGAAAUGCUUUAGGAGAUAAAGAUCACCUUCUUCAUUUCGUCUGUCACAUCAUUGUUCAUUAUGAAGCUUACCGGUAGUCCCCAGUUACGUCGUGUUUCUUUACAAGCACACAACAAAAAGACACAGGAGCGACUGUGACUCUCAAGUGAUCUAGUUACAGUAUGGAAUUCCCAACUAAAUGUUUGCCAGUCUUAUAACUAUUAAGUUAACUGUCUAAAAUGCGCUAAAUGCUCUCUCGUUUUGCAUUUGGUUUGCUAAUUUAGUAGCUAGUUAACUAUCUCGCUAGCUAAGUGGUUAGCUUCUUCCAAUAUCAAGCUUCGCUUGGUAACAGCAGAGAAGGGUUUCAAGAGCUUUGCUGUUUAAUAUUUGUUUUGUGCAUGCAGCUAACUGUAAGUAGCCUUUUUCAGUUACUUGUAUAAAUUUAUGAGCUGGAAUAUCUGUCCUGCAAAUACUUUUGGUCAGAGACUGCAUAAAAUGUUCGCAAUGUGCUCAUUAGGAUUUAGUUAGCAUUCUCUAUGGGAUUUUACAUGUACUUGUUAGCAUUGCUAACCUUCAGAUUACAAAUGCUCAGUGGGGUUUGAAAUAGCACCCAUUGUGUUCAGUGCCAGUAUUACCGAAUUUCCCGGUAUGGCAUAAGGUCGGUAUGAAGGUAUGACAAUCUGGAUACAGUGUUGAAUAAAAAUGAAAUGGUUGGAGUGUUUCCAUUACCCAUUUAUGCGUUAAUAAAUUGGAGAUAAACCCUCCCAUUGCCAUGUGCCAACAUAACGCCCCGGUCCGUGUCAUGGGGAAACUUGCACUCCUGUAGAUCUGAAAUAAUUGGAUGAUGAAACUUUAUUUUUAUAGUUAAAAAAUAGAUUUAGCAGGUAGUAAGUAUUUAGAAUUUAAUGUAGAGUGGAGCUUCAUAGUUACGUGUUGACAUCACAUACCUUAAAAAUGAUUCGGCAAUGAUCAUUUAUUCUAAAAACAUAUUUUCCAUCAUCAUUUGUCGCAAUAAAGAAAGUUAGGCAAAAUAAAAUGUUUCCUAUAUCUGACGAUACCAUUACACAUGUAGCAAUGAUUCUUUUGGCGACAUUGCUUUUGUGAAAUAAACCAGGAAACCUGCCUAAUGUCAUCUUAUUAUCUGCAAUUUUGAAAUGAGGCAAUGCUGUUUUAGUACAUUUUGUAUUACCCUUUAAAGGUCACUCUACUUUUAUUGAUUAAAACAUUUUACUUGA